AGGCAGACCCGCAGAAGCUCCUGCAGUCCUACCUGGAGGUGCACGGCCUGGGUGCCCUGGACGAGCUGGUGUCGGGUGUGAGGACCAUUGGCCCAGCUGAGGGAGAGUUGACCGGUCGAACUGAUGUUCCUGGCGGGCAGAGGGCCAGGAGAUCGAGGCCUCCAUUGCACCUAUCCCCCAGCCCGGUGCGGCACAGCGAGCGGAGGUGA